AUGUGCAUUGAUAAUAAAGCCGACAUCAAUAAAAAAUCGGUAGGUGUAUACACAGUGUACGUUAUUUGAACUGACCCCAAAAUUUGAUUGUUUAUAUAAAAAAAAUGCCAUAGAAUACAUGGAUAUUUUAUUUAGGUUUUAGUGAAUGCCAAACUAUUAUACAACUAGAGCUAUAAAGUAAUCAUGUUUCUUCCCCCUGACUCUAAUCUCGUUGGAAAACUGAGCUAGGCCUCACAUGUCAUCACGCGAGUUUUAUUGAAACUAUGCACGUAAAAAUCUCACGUCUUACCCACAAGAUAUGUUCACGAAGGACUUCAGAGAGCUGUCAACAAGUUGUCACAAUGCUGUUAUUUUACCAAGCUGCUACAAACGUUCUCACUCACAACUUGUGUACAAGUUGCUGAAUCAAAAGUUGUUACUGAAAACAACUAGUGACAAGUCUACGUCGUUGAGUCAUCAACCUUGCAGGUGCGAACACAUCAUUGGUACAAAUUACGUGUUUCUACGCGUGUAUCAUUUAUUUAGGUCAAUGGAGAUUCACCAUUGCACAUGUCAUGUUGUACGGGAAAUACGAAUGCUGGCAGAGUUUUACUGGAGAACGGAGCAAACAUUAAUAUUACAGACAACCAAGGUUUCACAAUCAUUCACAGGUAGAACCUUUUCAAACUGUUUUUGUUGAAGUUAGGUAGCAUUAUCAUCACCAUCGCGAUCAACUUGAAUAUAUCGCUAUCACCACUAUUGUCAUCAUCACUAUCACCAUCACUACAAUUAUCACCACCAUGCAUCAACACUACCACCAUCACCACUAUCUCAUUAUCAUCACCAUCAAUAUUAUCACUAUCACCUGACCACUUUCUUCACCACCAUGCACCAUCACAAUCAUGCAUCACCACCAUCAUGCAUCACCACCAUCAUGCAUCUGCCAUCAUACACCAUCACAAUCAUGCAUCACCACCAUCAUGCAUCACCACCACCAUGCAUCACCAUGCAUCACCACCAUCAUGCAUCACCACCACCAUGCAUCACCACCAUCAUGCAUCACCACUAUCAUGCAUCACCACUAUCAUGCAUCACCACCACCAUGCAUCUUCCAUCAUGCACCAUCACAAUCAUGCAUCACCACCAUCAUGCAUCACCACCAUCAUGCAUCACCACCACCAUGCAUCACCACCAUCAUGCAUCACCACCAUCAUGCAUCACCACCAUCAUGCAUCACCACCACCAUGCAUCAUGCUCAUGCACCACCAUCAUGCAUCACCACCACCAUGCAUCACCACCAUCAUGCAUCACCACUAUCAUGCAUCACCACUAUCAUGCAUCACCACCACCAUGCAUCUUCCAUCAUGCACCAUCACAAUCAUGCAUCACCACCAUCAUGCAUCACCACCAUGCAUCACCACCACCAUGCAUCACCAUGCAUCACCACCAUCAUGCAUCACCACCACCAUGCAUCACCACCAUCAUGUAUCACCACCACCAUGCAUCACCACUAUCAUGCAUCACCACUGUCAUGCAUCACCACUAUCAUGCAUCAUGCUCAUGCACCACCAUCAUGCAUCACCACCACCAUGCAUCACCACCAUCAUGCAUCACCACCACCAUGCAUCACCACCAUCAUGCAUCACCACCAUCAUGCAUCACCACCAUCAUGCAUCACCACCAUCAUGCAUCACCACCAUCAUGCAUCACCACCAUCAUGAUGAUGAUAACUUUAUUUAACCACGCUAACAUUGUCAGCUAAAGCUGGUUUCCACAAUGGGCGUGUAAAAUAUUUACAAAUAGUUACAAGUACAAUGAAAAGAAUGAAGAAUAAGCAUGCAGAUAUACAUAAAUAUUCAAAAAGUAUCUAUUUACAAGAUUUAUGAAUCAUGUUAUUUCAAAAGGUAAGGGUAGCGAUUUUUCUUUUAAAACAUGAAAUCGAUUUACUUUCUGUUAUAUAUUGUUAUGAAAAGCCCUUAUGGGGAUUAACUAAUAAAUCAUAUUGUAUUGUUUAUAUUGUGGUAUGGAGUUCCAGAUAGAAGCUCCAUCGUACAUAAAACUUUUCUUCAUAUUGUAUCAUGCAUCACCAUCAAUCACCCCCACCAUACAAUUCUAUUUUUCUUCCUCUUUAGAGCCGCUGCAAAAGGGAGCGUAGAAUGUUGUGCUGUUCUUCUCAAGAUGGUAACUUAAUUAAAGUAUUGUUGAAUGAUUGACGAGGGUGUCAAUAUAAAAGUACGUAAUCUAUGUUUACUUCAUAUAGGUGUACUUUCUCACAUGUGUUUUAUUAUACUAGGGUGCCGACAUAGAUACAUUUCAUUAUUGUGGUACAGCAUUAGUAUUAGCCAGUCGCUACGAACAACAUCAAGUAGUGAAGUACUUGCUUGACAACGGUGCAACUCCUACCAUACGAGAUAAAAUGUUGGACACGUGCUUACAUCAUGCCGUGAAAAAUGGUGAUGUUGAAACGGUCAAGAUUAUCAUGGAAGUAAGUUGUUCUCUUGAUAAAACUUUAAUAAUUACCUUACCGAAAUGCUAGGAACUACAGGGUUUAUAAAAAAACGGAGCAAUUUUUUGCAACUGAACAAGACGCCCAAAAAUCUUGAUAUUUAUCCAUAUCCAUAUAACUUCAUAAGGGACCGAUCAUUAUAUAUGGCGGGGGUGGCAGCGAAGAGAAAAGGGUUGAGUGAACAAAAUUUUGAAUGAGUAAAAGGUUGGGUAAAUGAAAAAUGAAACAACGCAAUGGUUGGGUAAAAAAAUAUUGUCAUUUCCAAAGCAUGACUCACUGAAAUACUGAAGACUAAAAAGCAAUGUCAACAGUCAUAGGUCAAUACAAAUAUUUGAAUAAAUUAGAGUUACUAUCUUGAUCAUUUUCCGAUUUGUCGGAAACAUAGUGCCUCCAAAGUACAUGUGCAGACAACAUGAAACUUUAGACUGCAGAAAAUUGCACAAGCAGCUAUCAAACUUGUGUCACAGAAGUGGAAAAAUAUCACAUGUGUGACGACAGCUGAACGGUAUCCGAUUUUGUAACGUUUUUGGUAUAGGGGUGGGUAUUUAUUUUUAAAUUGAUAUUUAAAGUUGGCUGGUUGGGUAAGAAAAUGUUUUGACUUUUAAAUGGUUGGGUCAGCAACAUUAAUUUCACUAAGAAAAACAUUUAUAUUUCAGUACCAACCCCCGCCAUAAAUAAUGACCGGUCCCAAAUAUACUUUUUAGAAAUGUGGCGAUCAAUUGCUGGAACUGAAAGACAAACAUGAAAACACCACAUUACAUGUAGCUGCGAGAACGGGCAAUGAAGAG